ACGCUGCAGAGCUACGGGCGCGCGCACGAGCGGGACGCGGAGCUGGCGCGCGUGCGGCGGGACCGCGCGCUGCUGAGGCAGCGCCUCGAGGACACCGAGUGGAGCCUGUGCCAGCGCGCGGGGGAGAUCGCGCUGCUCAAGACGCAGCUCAAGGACGCGCAGGUGACGAGCAGCACUAGCUAGUCGUAGCCAGCUCAGUUUAGCGCCUCGAGGACACCGAGUGGAGCCUGUGCCAGCGCGCGGGGGAGAUCGCGCUGCUCAAGACGCAGCUCAAGGACGCGCAGGUGACGAGCAGCACUAGCUAGUCGUAGCCAGCUCAGUUUAGCGCCUCGAGGACACCGAGUGGAGCCUGUGCCAGCGCGCGGGGGAGAUCGCGCUGCUCAAGACGCAGCUCAAGGACGCGCAGGUGACGAGCAGCACUAGCUAGUCGUAGCCAGCUCAGUUUAGCGCCUCGAGGACACCGAGUGGAGCCUGUGCCAGCGCGCGGGGGAGAUCGCGCUGCUCAAGACGCAGCUCAAGGACGCGCAGGUGACGAGCAGCACUAGCUAGUCGUAGCCAGCUCAGUUUAGCGCCUCGAGGACACCGAGUGGAGCCUGUGCCAGCGCGCGGGGGAGAUCGCGCUGCUCAAGACGCAGCUCAAGGACGCGCAGGUGACGAGCAGCACUAGCUAGUCGUAGCCAGCUCAGUUUAGCGCCUCGAGGACACCGAGUGGAGCCUGUGCCAGCGCGCGGGGGAGAUCGCGCUGCUCAAGACGCAGCUCAAGGACGCGCAGGUGACGAGCAGCACUAGCUAGUCGUAGCCAGCUCAGUUUAGCGCCUCGAGGACACCGAGUGGAGCCUGUGCCAGCGCGCGGGGGAGAUCGCGCUGCUCAAGACGCAGCUCAAGGACGCGCAGGUGACGAGCAGCACUAGCUAGUCGUAGCCAGCUCAGUUUAGCGCCUCGAGGACACCGAGUGGAGCCUGUGCCAGCGCGCGGGGGAGAUCGCGCUGCUCAAGACGCAGCUCAAGGACGCGCAGGUGACGAGCAGCACUAGCUAGUCGUAGCCAGCUCAGUUUAGCGCCUCGAGGACACCGAGUGGAGCCUGUGCCAGCGCGCGGGGGAGAUCGCGCUGCUCAAGACGCAGCUCAAGGACGCGCAGAACGAACAAACCGCAAAAGGUCACGAAUACCUGACACUGAAAGCUGACUGUCGUCAGCUGAGAGAAGCAUUAGACAAGAAAGACAAAGAAACGAUGAGACUACGAGCCGAAUCAGACGAAAAAGACAAAGCCCUGAAAAGACUGCAAGCCGAAGUCGACAGACUCACCAACGAUUUAAUGGAAAAAGUGACUGAAAUGACAAAAAUUAAGGAGAGUAGUAAAAACGAAAUAGAAAAGCUAAAGACGGAAGUUAAAGAGUUACGACAGGAACUCUCGGACGUUUCUCUGAGCGGAUACGAGGGAAUCGAAUGCGGGAGAACUAUGAGAGGUAUUUACGAUGUUUGUAAAACGAAUGAGUAUCAUUGGACUUCCAGUGACAGUGCAUUGGAGGACGCAGAAGUACAGAGACUUAAUGGGGAACUUCCAGACACGUGUGUAGAGAACUGCCCAGCAAGCGUUGCCGUUGAUCGCCUUAAAUGUGACAUGGAAGCUAAAGAGGCUCAGUUUAACAACGAGAGACGAAAGUGGUCCGAAGAAAAAGAUAAAGUCCUGAGAUACCAGAAACAGUUACAGAUGAAUUACGUCCAAAUGUUUAAGAGAUCUCGCACCCUAGAAGCCGAGAUCGACGGUCUGAGGCUGGAACUUGAACUCUGUAAUAAGAACGUGAAAAAUCUAAACCAACACAAAACCAUAGAGUUGUAAAUGUACCAAAAUUAAUUAAUUAAUUAGUUUAAUAUUUAUUUAUGUGUUACUAAUGCUUGUGUAAAUAUUUGCAUUCUUGCCCGUGGUCUGGAUGGUUGUCAGUUUAGGAAUGUUAUUGUUUCGUUAUUUGCAUUACAUAGAAUCGAAGGUAUAUAUAAAAAUGCUAUGUAUAGCUGUCUCUCUCUUGCUUCUUACGAGUAAAAGAGGCAGAGAACCUGCUAAGUAUAGUAACGAUUCGUUAGUAUUUGAUAGAACUUAAGUAAAAUACGUUCUGUUUAAUAUUUAAAUACUCAGCUGGCAAUUUAUUUAAUAUCACAUUUAUCAAUUAAAUUAUUGUACAUUUAUUAG